UGACGAUAUACGUAGACCUACGGAAAGUCGUCUUCAGGAACAAACCCGCUUACAAGCACCAUUUUGUACAUGCACUGCUGCGCAGGACAGGAAGAAUGCUAGUUGGUGUAGCCGUGUUUUAGAAACGAUCAACAGAAAAAAACACUAAAUGAUGAGGGACAAUUGUUUGUUGUUGGUAUAUCUUUCUCUACUGAGCAGUUCAGAUGUUUCUUAUGGUGCAUCAUCACUGAUUCUUUCUGGGUCUUCCUCCCAUGCAGAUCUAAAUGCGCCGUUUACAGUUACCUGUACAGUCACACAGGCUGCUGGUCUUGUUGAUGGAGUAUAUUUUAGAAAGACAACAGCCUUGUCUGCGUUAGGUACCCUGUACCAGGAUGGUGAUUCGUGUUCAAUGUUUAAUACACCAGAACCAGGUUACUUUCCAUCCUGUGGAAAUGGAACAGGCAGCAGCUCGUCUACCACUAAGAAAUAUACUUUGGAGAUCAAUAAAGCUGUGGUCAGUGACGCUACAGACUGGUGGUGUGGACUGAGUAUUGCUGUCAUAAAUAGUCCACACCUUUGUCUGUUAGUUUAUAUUAUUCUAACCAAUGUCUCCAUGACAACGAGACCAUCCUCGUUUAAAGCUGGUGUCUUCACCGAGCUUCAGUGUGAGACCAGUCCAACCUACCCAGUGGCUACCGUCAUCUGGACUCUAAACAACAAAACAAUAUCAGGAGAAAUUAGCAACUCGACUGUGACUGUAUCUGGCAGUGGGGUUAUCACUACGAGCAACUUAACCAGAAGCUAUACCACUGAAGAUGAUGGACAGGAGUUAGUGUGUUCAGCAACCAAUGGAGAGGCGACUGUGUCAUCCCCAGCUUUGACACUUAGCAUCAUAGGUGACCCAGAACGCAUGUCUGCCUUAAGUGCAGGUGCUAUAUCGGGAAUUGUGAUCGCUGUUGUUCUGGCUCUUGCUAUCCCUACUGCGUGGAUACUUUAUAAGAGGAAAAUAAAGAAGAAAUCUGAAGGUAUGCAGAACGAAUCUACUAACAGAAACCAAAAUCAAGAUCACAACCCUACAUGUUUCCGUAAUUAGUACCAGAAUACGGAAGACAGAAACAUGCCAAUGCUAGCAUUCCACAGUUUUCUUUUUCAAUUCCUAUAAAACUGUAUCAGUAAAUAAGAUGGGGUUUUUAACAUACAAUUAUAGCUCGAAUUAGACUAAAGUUGCAAUACCAUAGUUAGAAGAGCAAUAUUUCCCUAAUUUUACAUUAUUUGUCAAAAUUAACAAUUGUAUGUUUCCAUUAAACGGUAGCCUAACUGAUGAAUUUGCUUCUAACUGUAUAAUGAAUAAUGUUUUUUAAACUCAUAUCAUUUUUACAAAGAAAAGGGGGGUUGGGGGUUGGGGUAUCUCAAAAUGCUGAAGCAGCGAGUGUAGGCAGUAUUUACCUGAAUUGUUACUUAUAAUCAAUAAAGCAGUACUAGGACAUUAAAGGCAGAAUUGAAUGUACAAUUACUUUAUUUAACUGUUUCAUUCAUACAACGUAUUUUUGUCCUAAUGUUUUUACAGCCCAUACCUGAUUUUGCCUUCAAUGACAGUAUGUUAAGAAUUGUUUUAUUUAUUUACACUUAUUUACAUUUGUUUUAAAACAAAUUAAUAAUAAAAUAAAUGUAUCUUACUUUCUAUGGGUCUAAAAUUUAACUAUGUUUCAACAUUAUUCCUUAUAGUGUUAAUAAUGCCAAUUAAUCGGUUCCCCUUCCCUGCAAACUGGCUACAAAAAUUAACCGACCCGACAUAUAAUAUGUGCAUAAAUAACACCGAAUUCUUUUCUUUAUCUACACAGUUCUUCAAGUUGAUUUUCUGCUUUUACCAAAAAACUAAUUUUCAUGCAAAACGUUCAAAAAACCUUUAUGCAAUUGAAAUAGCAUUUAUUCGAAAUUAAAACCAGUAAUGUCAUUAUCUGGUAUUACCAUUCCACUAAUUUUCGUUUCAGCCAGUGCACCACGACUGGUAUAUCAAAGGCCGUGGUAUGUGCUAUCCUGUCUGUGGGAUGGUUCAUAUAAAAGAGU